GCAAAGAAGACUGCAGACUGUAACCAGCGACAGGUGAGACUCUCCACUGAAGAAACAAAGUCACUCGGUUGUUUCAGACCAAUCUGUCAGCUUUUAACAGCGGUGUGCUCACUGGGCUGUGUGUUGUUUGUGGGGCUGGAGCAUCAACUAGAUGAUGUACAGAAAGAGAGAGAUCCCGGCUGAUGUUUGGUCUGCAGAAGGAGUGGAUCCCAACACCGUACAGUCCACCAGGGACACCAAGACAAAUCCAGGUGGACCCGUCACUCACCAUGAGACAUACGAAAAGGCCCGUGAACUCUUCCAGUUGUGUGACAAAGAGGAGAAGGGCUUCAUUACCAAGCGAGACAUGCAGAGACUGCAGAAUGAAUUACCUCUGACCCCAGAGCAAUUGGAAGCUGUCUUCGACAGUCUGGACCAGGAUAACAAUGGCUAUUUAACACCCUUGGAAUUCAGCAUGGGAUUUGGACAAUUCAUAGGUGAUGAGGUAUUGCCAACAACGGAAAGUCGAGAAGGCUCCAAGCUCGAGGAAACAUUUGAAUCUGGCUGGUCUGACGACCUGGAUAUCAUAGACGAUGAGGAAGAGAAGCGGUUUUGUUUCAUGAUGCAACAACUUGGUGCCUCACAGGUCUUUGAGGAUCAAAGUGAAGUGAGAGAGCUAUGGACCAGGUUGCGGAGAGACAAGCCUGAGCUGCUAGCUAACUUUGAACAGUUUUUAUCUAAAGUUUCAACACAUAUCCAGGAGAUGCAAAAUGACAGGGCAACCAUGGAGCAGGCAUUGAAACGGAAGGAGUGUGACCAUGAUCGAGAGGUUCGAUGCUUAUAUGAAGAAAUGGAGCAGCAGAUUAAGAGAGAAAAAGAAAAAUUGUUAAAUCAGGAUGUGUGGAAGCACAGUGACCGAAAUCAUCAGCUACAGAGGGAACUGAGCAGUAAGGAGCAGGACUUAGAAAAUAUCAUUCAAAAGCAGAAGAAGUUGGAACUACAACUUGAGGAGUAUAACUAUGAACACACAGAGACGAGGAUUCAGAAUGAAAGAUUGAGGCAGCUGAAUGAGGACUUGCAGGACCAGCUGGAUCGGAUGAAGCAAGACUUAGAGAUGACACGACUAAACCUUCAGGUCCUUCAAGAUGAGGCUCGCUAUGAACAUCAGCAGAAAGCCAGGGAAGUCCUGAAGGUGUCAAAGAACAUGCAAAAGGAAAGAGAAAGUCUAUUGAGACAACUAGAACUUCUCAGGGAGAUGAACAAGAAACUCCGAGAUGAAAGGGAUGCCUAUGAAGCCAAGAAGCUGGUUAGUCUCAAAAAGCGAGUUGUAGUGCAGAGACGUGACAAUUGCUGCUGCUGUUGCUGUCCUCUGGGAAACUGCUAUGUUCCCUGGGGCCAUUCUAAACCAAUGCAGCCAAAUUGCACGCCUGUCCAGCCAUAUCAUUGUGCGGGCACUAAAGAGCAGGACGGAUAAAUACCAAACUGUUUAAUUUGCCCAGUGCUGGUUACUUUCAGAGUGGGUCAAGAAAGUAGGUUAAACCUGCUUUCGUUCAAAAGAGUGAAUCUCACUUGGAAAGAUGUGUCAGGUCACCUUUUAAGAUGGCUUCAUUUUUCAUGAAUGUAAGCACACUC